AUGUAGUGCUCUUUUUAAGAGAAGGAAACUCUAGCAGACAUCUUCUAUUAAAUUAAAGAUGUAGAUGAACAAAUAUUUGGUGUCAUACUAGAGGUAUUAAAAAAGGAAAAAGUUUAAGACUGUAUUGGAUUUCUAUCAGAAAAUGGAAAUACAAGAUAUUACAAAUAAUAUAUUUUUAAAGAUGAAAACAUCCAACUUUUUGAUAUGCAGUGGAAAUUAGAUGUUGUAACUUAAAGCAUGAAGAAAAUUAGAAAUAUUCUCAAACAAAUUAAAGUUCAUGAAUUUAACAAGAAAGAUUAUUCUACUGAAGAAAACUAAAAAUUAAAGCAACUUAUGAUUGAAAGCAUAAAUAAAAAUAGAUAAAUCUUGAAUUUUUUUGUAAUUUUUAGUUCACCUCACAACUAUAGAUAACACUUUAAUAUAAUGUGGGUCAAAUUGAUUACAUAUAUUAGUUUAGAUGAAAGCUGACCUAAAAAACGAAAAUUUUGAAAACAUUAAGAUUUAAAAUACUUCUUUCUUGGGUAGUAAUUUUGUUCGAUGUAAUCUAAGUGGAUCAGAAUUUAAUAACGUUAACAUAAGCGGAAUUAAUUUGAAUGGAGCAUUGUUAUUUAAAUGUAAAUGGAAAAACAUAAGAAUCCUUGAAUUAAAUAUACUAAAUGGUCAUAACGGUUUAAUCAAUUCGGUUUGUUUUUCUUCUGAUGGAAAUACAUUAGUAUCUGGUAGUAAUGAUAAAUCUAUCCGACUAUGUGAUGUCAAAACAGGAUAAUAAAUAGCCAAAUUGGAUGGUCAUUAUUUAAAAUAUAUGGUCAGGUUAGUGUAGGGAUUAUUUAUUUAAAUAUUACAAAAAAUGUUAUCAAUUUUGCUUGAGAGUGAUUUAAAUUUAAAUGAUACUACUUGUAAUUAAUAAUCUAAACAGAGAACAGUAAGCAAAAUGAAAAGAUUAAAAUAAAGAUCGAUAUAAUUACUUAAAGAAAACUUAAUUAACACAACAUUCUUUUAUUAAACAUCUACAAUAUAAUAUGACAGAUUUACUUAAUUUAUUACUAUUUACAAAAGAGAUUAGUCUUAACAACAUAAUUAAUAAUUUUGUAAUAUUAGUUCAUAAAUACUAAAAGAUAUUUUUUAUAAAAAAAAUAAGAAAAAAGAUAAAUUAAGAAUAUAUUUACAAAAAUAAACUUAAUAUAAGAAUGAUAAAGAAAAAAAAAUUAGAUUGGAUGAUAUUUCAUAUUGA